AGAAGCUUGCAGCAAUAACCGAGAGAGGGACCGCGGGCAGUCUCAGCCAGUCAGCGCCGCAUUCUAGGGGAAGCUCGGCGUGCCAAAGCAGGCGGAGUCGGAAACGCGAAAGCCAAAGUCUACUCCCCCUCUACUGUCGGAGGUACGCGGUCGUGGAGCCCAGACAGCCGCCGUGUUCGAGCGUCCCAGGAAAACCGCUGCGUUGUCCGGACGGAGAAUCGCCGCAACUCGGCUGUCUCCCCCACUGAGGUCAAGCGGAUUAAACACAGGUGUCGCCUCGGUGUUUCCCCCGCCGUAGCCCAGUUAAAGGCCCUCAGUCUUCACUCUCGUAUACAAGACUCGACCAGAUCCCAUCCAGCCCAUCUGCUCCAGGAUAUAUCUCCCCGCUGUCUGCGUUGAUAUUUGCCCCAGAAAUGGACGGUUUCGCCGGCAGUUUAGAUGACAGCAUCUCGGCGGCGAGCGCAUCGGAUGUGCAGGACCGCCUGUCGUCUCUGGAACUGCGGGUGCAGCAGCAGGAGGACGAACUGACGGUGAUGAAGGCAGCGCUGGCCGACGUGCUCCGACGCCUCGCCCAGUCCGAGGACACGGCCGCUAAGAAGCAGCAGAGCGCCAAAGGUCAGACCCCGCUGCGUGAGGCAUUCUCUAUGUCCUGCAUUACGAAUGGCAGCUCCGGUGGCCGCAAGUCUCACCGAGACAGCUCCGCGGUGUCUCACCGAGACAGCUCCACGGUGUCCGUAGCCAGGAAAGAGACACUGUCCUCCGCAGCCAAGAGCGGCGGGGAGAAGAAAAAAGACAAGCCUCCGAUGCAGGGCAUCAAGGAGAAGGAGGAGCCUCUGCCGCCACAGGCCGACGAUAAACCGCCCUCCACCCCCAGCACUCCCCAGGCACCAUCCCCCUCCAGCCUCUCCCCCUCCCCACACCCCCUCCAGCCCCCGAGGCCGACCCCGGAGAGCAAGGGGCCCUCGCAGGCCAAAAGGGGAGCCAGCGGUAGGCGGGGCGGCGGCAUGGAACGCUCGCAGAGCAGCACGUGGGAGAGCAGCGAGGAGAGCAGGAACAAGCUGGUGAAGGCCGCCUCCACCUCCAAACUGCUGGCCAAAGUGGUGAAGAACGCAGAGAAGCACAGGGAUCCAGUAAUCAGCCAAGCCAAAAUGUCGACCCGCGAGAAAAACAGUCAAGAGGGCGACUACAUCAAAAUGUUCAUGCGCGGACGACCCAUCACCAUGUUCAUCCCGUCGGACGUCGAGAACUACGACGACGUCCGGACCGAGCUGCCCCCGGAGAGGCUCAAACUGGAGUGGGUAUACGGCUACAGGGGCCGUGACUGCAGGGCGAACGUCUGCUUGCUGCCUACGGGGGAGAUCGUCUACUUCAUCGCCUCCGUGGUCGUGCUGUUCAACUUCGACGAGAGGACGCAGCGCCAUUACCUGGGUCACACGGACUGCGUCAAAUGUCUCGCGGUUCACCCUGAUAAGAUACGCAUCGCUACAGGACAGCUCGCAGGAGUGGACAAGGAUGGAAGGCCACUGCAGCCUCAUGUAAGAGUGUGGGACUCUGUCACUCUGACCACCCUGCAGGUCAUUGGUCUGGGCACCUUUGAGAGAGGAGUUGGAUCUCUCGCGUUCUCUAAAGCUGACUCCGGAACCCACCUCAGCGUGAUUGACGACUCGAACGAGCACAUGCUCACCGUGUGGGACUGGCAGAAGAAGUCCAAAAUCGCUGAGAUCAAGACCACUAAUGAGGUCGUCUUAGCGGUUGAGUUCCACCCCACCGAUGCCAACACCAUUGUCACCUGUGGCAAGUCCCACAUCUUUUUCUGGACAUGGAGCGGCAACUCCCUGGCUCGCAAACAGGGGAUCUUUGGGAAAUAUGAGAAGCCCAAGUUCGUGCAGUGUCUGGCCUUCCUCAAUAACGGGGACAUACUGACGGGGGACUCAGGAGGAAUCCUGCUGAUCUGGGCACGCAGUACAGUGGAACCAGCACCAGGGAAAGGACCUAAAGGAGCGUUUCAGAUCUUGCGUCAGAUCAAGGCUCACGACGGGAGCGUGUUUACGUUGUGCCAGAUGAGGAAUGGAACUCUCCUGACUGGAGGUGGCAAGGAUCAUAAAAUCAUCCUGUGGGACCAUGACCUCAACCCGGAGAGGGACAUAGAGGUUCCUGACCAGUAUGGAACCAUUCGAGCUGUCGCCGAGGGGAAGGGGGAGCAGUUUCUGGUGGGGACGUCUCGCAACUUCAUCCUGAGGGGCACCUUUAAUGACGGUUUUCAAGUGGAGGUGCAGGGUCACACAGAUGAGCUGUGGGGUCUGGCCACACACCCGUUUAAGGAGCUUUUCCUGACCUGUGCCCAGGACAGGCAGGUGUGCCUGUGGAACGCAGUGGACCACUCGCUGGAAUGGAGCAGGCUGCUGGAUGAGCAUGGCCACUGUGCGGACUUUCACCCCAGUGGAGCUGUGGUUGCCAUUGGUACCCACUCAGGGAAGUGGUAUGCUCUGGACGCGGAGACUAGGGACCUGGUAGCCAUUCACACAGAUGGGAAUGAACAGCUGUCCGUAAUGCGUUACACAGUAGAUGGCACACUGCUGGCAGUGGGAUCACAUGAUAACUUCAUUUACCUAUACACAGUGUCAGAUAAGGGGCGCAAGUACAGCAGAUAUGGGAAAUGCACUGGACAUUCCAGCUACAUUACGCAUCUCGACUGGUCCCCUGACAACAAGUUCAUCAUGUCCAACUCAGGAGACUAUGAAAUCCUCUACUGGGACAUUCCAAAUGGCUGUAAGCUGAUUCGUAACCGCUCCGAGUGUAAGGACAUCGACUGGGCCUCAUAUACCUGUGUGCUGGGAUUCCACGUUUUUGGAGUGUGGCCAGAAGGCUCAGACGGAACAGACAUCAACGCUCUGGUCAGAUCCCACAACAGGAAGGUGAUCGCCCUGGCUGAUGACUUCUGCAAAGUGCACCUCUUCCAGUACCCCUGCUCCAGACCCAAGGCCCCUAGCCACAAGUACAGUGCUCACAGCAGUCAUGUGACCAACGUGAGUUUCCUGCACAGCGAUAGCCACCUGGUGUCGACGGGCGGCAAAGACACCAGCAUCAUGCAGUGGCGCCUGGUGGAGAAGAUGCCCGCGCUGGUGCCCAGCGACACCGCCCUGGGCCUCACCGACUCCCUCCCGCACAACUCAAGCCUGCGGGGUGCGCCAUUCGCCCCUGCCAUGCCCCAGACAACCACCACGCCUGUGGCGGUGCCCUCCUCUCUGCCCAUAGGUGGCACGCAGCCAGACACCAACACGCCGCCUCCCACGCCUACCGAGUCGCUGGAGCCCACCCCCAACGGACAGCAGGAGGGCUUGCCCGAAACGCCGCCCCCUUUGGAUGAGGUCACACCCCCUUCUGACAGCACCGUGAGCCCCAAGGACAGCCUGGAACCUAGCGACGACACGGCCACGCCCAGUGAUGAGGGCACGCCUUUCAGUCCGCCCUCAUAAAGCUUGUUGGCUAGGUGACGGUGGCCACUGGCCCCUUUCUCUCUUUUUCGAGUACACUUGCCUGCUCCACGCUCCGCCCGGAGGCGUCAGUGUGUCACCGCAGCGUGUCAGAAGCGUGUAAAGCAGUUGAUCCUCAGUUUUACUUUUUUCUGGUUAUUUCCUUGUUCCUUUUUAUUAUGUGUUUGUUUAUUGUUUAUCUGAGAGUGAGAAAAGAUGGAAUUGAAUGAAGUUCGUUUAUGCGUCAUCCGGGAGAAAUCCUGCUUGGAGCAUGUAGAUGAGCCUUUGGUGACAGAGAACAGACACUAACAUGCCUGUAUACACCCACACACAAACACUACCACAAAUGCAAUUUCACUUCAACACUCACACGCAUACGCACACACACUAGUAGUAAACCUUUUUCAUUCAAAACCAUGACCAAAUAUACUUUGUUGGUGUAUAUGAAAUUUUCUAUUAAAUAUAAAGCUAUUGACACUCAAAAUACUCCCCCUCCCGCAACACAGACACACACACACACACACACGCACACAUGCACGCACACGCACAGACCAAGGGCACAUACCAAGAAAAUAAAAUGAUCUGCACUUAAUAGUGGUGCAAUAUCCCCUCCUACAUAAAAUAAUCUGCCAUCAUAACUGCAAAAUAUAACGUUGCUGAAAUUAGUAAAGUUCAAAGUAGGUUAAUACCUUUAAUAUUGUAAAAUGUUAUUCACUAUGUUUUUGUGAAUGAGGUUGGGGGAGGUUUAAAAUCCAUUUUGUGAAAUGCCUGCAUAGCAUCUGUAGCUGAGCCAAGAAGAUUUCUGGGAAACGCCAGGCAGGUCCCCCUGGCUCAUGGGCUGGACUCAGUGAUUCCAUUGGCUUCUUCUAGAUAUACUAAAGAUGGUCAUGAUGAGUUUGACCGUGGCAAAAAAAGAAAUAAAAUCAAGCAAAAAAAAGAGAAAGCUGUUAAUGACCAUUUCACAGAAUAACAGCUGUAACCAAUAAGGCAUGUUUGUAGACGCAUCGCCACACACGCCCAGAUGCAUGCACGUGCUCCCACACGCAGUAAGGGCGCAGUACACACAGGUGUGUAAGCUUGACACGCCUCCACGCGCAGGUCUCCUUAGUCAUUUUGUGCCGGGCUCCUCCUCCGUCUGUGCGUUCAGCUCCACUGGCCGGCUGAAGUCCAUCCGCAUGUCCGGAGCUGGCCGGUCACCCCAGCGACAGCUCCGUUCCUCUCCCGCGGGCUCCAGCGUGUUCCAUUCCGUGUUCUGGAUACCUUUCUCUGUCUGUUCGGACCUCAUCACUUUCAGGUUUCAUUUUUCAUUUUGUUUAUUUUUUAUCUUGAGGAAAAGAUUAAAUGAGUCUUAAAUGGAGGCAACUGUGUGUGUGUGUGUGUGUGUGUGUGUGUGUGGAUGCAUGGGUUGAUGUUUUAGACAUCUUUCAUUCAGCGUGACUUAUUUGACUGCAUGCGUAUUUCCCGCCACGUCAGUAAUGCGUUGCGACCCUCAUGGACACUUGCAAUGGGCUAAAUGUGAUUCCUGCCACUUCACCACUGGUCCAGGAGGGCAUGGCUGUCUGCAUUACCUGCGUGACCCUUCCCCCUCUUCAGGGGCUAGGCCCCUCCCCUUCAUCCCCAGAAAUACAUGGUAGGCGUUUUCUCGGAAGGCGCCCUUGGUCCUCCCGCGAACUGAAAGCAGGAGUCAGGCUUGCUGCUGGCAGCAUCUUCUGUCCACUUGCAGCACUGCAGUAUCCAAAGGGGCAGUAAUGGUUGGGCUGAAUGUAAAUAAAGGCACGAAUUCCGGUGGCGAGGUUCACUCGCAGACAGCAGGCUUGAUGCGCAGUGUGGAGAUGCCUGGAUCAAGUUGUGGGGUUGACCCCUCGGGCCGUGGGAUUGACACACACGGGGUUACGAUGGGAUUACACGGCAGCCUUCAGUAUGUAAAGGUAUUUUGCAGACCCUGUGUUUCGUGUACAUAUUCGAUGCUGGUCUAGUGGUAGAUAAAGUGCAUGUUUGAGUGUGAUGCUGUUUAAGAGGCGGAGGGCCACGCGAAGGAGACGAGGUCCGACAGGUGCCAGGGACUUGCAGUGGGGCGUCUCACUGCAGCAGUGUCUCUCAUCUCCAGCUGUCCUGCGCUUCACUCCUUCUUCUUUUGAAUGGCCUUUCUGGAUUGUGGUCGUCUCUUUUUUUACGUGAGCGUUCUUGGUGUUUGUGGAGAACGCCUCCGUUAAAUUUAUAUGGGCAGAUUUUUUCCAACUUCUGUUUCAUGCAGCUUUAGCUCCAGACUGUUCUCACACUCAGGGUUGGACCCGCUCACGUCUCCUCUCACACACCCGAACACCCCCCCACCACCACCUAUGCAUCAACACACGAAAACUACAGUGAUAUGUCAUCUGUCACAAGUUUCAGGCGAGCGCCAGGAGACAUUUCCCAAGCCCCCAUUUCCAGACAUGCUUUGUACAUUCACAUCUGGAUACUUUGUGUAUAUAGUAAUUUUUCUCUCUGAAUAGAACUCUGGGGCAGCUUUCUUUGCGACAAAUUGGCCAUAGUGAAGGGCACGUUCAGUUACUAUUGGACUAUUGGAACAGUUCUGGGAUUCGUGUGCCGAGGUAGUUCAGAAUGUUGCUUGGGAACAAGGAAACAAAUAACUGGGACGAGAUCUCAGAAGUUAAAACGUGGAUGUUUUUUUUUUUUUUUUUUUUUGGGGGGGGGGGGGGGUGUUGUGUAUGUGGGAGGAGGGGUCUCUUCCUGGCCCCUCCAGACUUGACAAAGCUUUUGAUACAUUUUGAUAUAGAGUGUGCCUCUGGGAACCUUACUGGUGAAACUGUCAUUUUUGCUUCCAGUGACAGCUCAGUGAUUUGAUGACUUUGCCAAAAAAAAAAAAAAAGGAUCUCAUGACAGGAUUGUUUCCUGAAUGUCACUUAGUCAAGUGGCCUUGCUGUGUGUCUUCUAUGGGAGUGUGGGAUUGGACAGCAUCUAUUGGGUAAAAAGUACUAGUUUUCUAUUAAAGAAGUGAUUCUUUUUAUAACCGUAGAUGUGCAUAUGUAGUAGUACCUACAUCCGAAUGGAUGCAUCCAUUGACGACAACUCUUUAGUGGGCAAGGCAGAUGGGCAGUGGCCAACCUUGUAGUGACUGGAGGGUUUGAUUUUGUUUUUGCUUUUUUAAGGGUCUGUAUUUCUGAAGGGCUCCUACAGUCUGUCAUCUCUGCAUGGGACGGGCUUAUAUACAUCACUUGGCUUGGGAGGAGAGGGAAGAGGGUUAAAGGGAAGCAAUGCAAACUGGAUUGGAAAAAUGCAACUCUUCUGGAAUGGUCAGGAUUCCAAGACAGAUUGUUUCCACACUAGGAACUCUGGACUCAACUUCCCAUAAUGCUUUGCCAGUCGUUUGAUCAAAUCCUCAUUGAAUAAAUGCGUGGGGAAUGGUCAGCUUGCUUAUAAAACCAUGGCAGUGAUGAUGACCAUAGCGAUAUUAAAAUGAAAUGUCAAUAAAUAUGAACCUUUUUUUUUUUUUUUUUUUUUCUUUUCCUUGUAACAAUGUUUGAGCCAAUCUGUUUUUCAUGCAUUCCUGUCUAUGGGCAGAAAAAUACUGAAGAUUUUAAAAAAUAAACAUUCAUUUAAAAAUAA